AUGUUACAUGAACUCCUGAUUGUAUCCGGGUGGCUCUCCAAAGCGUUUUAUGUGCUCUUUGAUGUGCUUUUGUGUAGAGGGUUUUUGAGUCUUCUUUUGUGGGAAGGAGAUGUGUUGUCAAGGAGCGCUUCUCAAAGAAGUACAGAGCAUCCAACUUUGGAUUCUAAAUUGACACUGAAGCGCUUAAAUGCGGAGGCGAGGUGCGUCACCAAAGCAAGGAAACUUGGGGUUUGUACUCCUGUGCUGUAUGCUGUGGAUCCUGUGUUGCACACUUUAACGUUUGAGUAUGUCGAGGGCCCUUCAGUCAAGGAUAUAUUUCUUGAAUUUGGUUCUCGUGGCCUUGGUGAAGAGGGUCUGGACAACAUUGCUACCCAAAUUGGUCAUGCAAUUGGAAAACUGCAUGAUGGUGGUCUUGUUCAUGGUGAUUUAACAACAUCAAACAUGUUGCUCAAGAAUGGUACCAAUGAGUUGGUUCUUAUUGAUUUUGGUUUGAGCUUUACUUCAACUCUACCGGAAGAUAAAGCAGUUGAUUUGUAUGUUCUGGAAAGAGCUAUUCUGUCAAUGCAUUCUUCAUGUGGGAAUGUGAUGGAUCGGAUACUUACUGCAUACCGGAAGUCAUCAAAACAGUGGUCAUCCACAUUGAACAAGUUGGCAGAAGUGAGGCAAAGAGGACGAAAGAGGACCAUGGUUGGAUGAAGCUUUCUCAAAUUGGAAUUCGUUAGAGAUAUAAAAGGGAAGACAACUAAUGAAUGUUAUUGAUGUAAUUUAUCUCUCUGUUAUCUAUGUUCAUGAGUUUGAUUAUACAUUGUCAAUAGAAAACAUUUUUAUAAGAACGUGUAAUGAGAUUCUGACGAUUUUACCUUGGUAUCUUACUCCUUAAUAUGUUGUUGUGAUAAGAUACAUUAUGUUUGAGAUAUUAUUUUA